AAUUAGAUCAGUUUUCAUUUCAACCAGGACCCUUAUUGCUUUGCGAGCAGUUAGAAAGAUCUUUGAAAUACGUGAAUAAAUACACAAAACAAAGGAUAACAAUGUCUCUUGAGAACACGACUCUGGCUACCUCGAAGGUCGAGGACAAGCCCAUUUCUGAGGUCAAAGCUGAGCGCCCGAAGCCGUGCUGCGUCUGUCUCGAUCAGAAGCAAGCUCGGGAUGAGUGCAUGCUCGUCAGCGAAGACGGUCGCAAGCAGUGCGCUGAUCUGAUUCAGGAGUACAAAAACUGCAUGAAGGGAUACGGAUUCAAUGUCUAG